AUGCGCAUCUCGCGUGGCCGCGCCCGCAUAUGGCGGCGCGUGGCAUUUGUCGUGGCCGCCAUCGCCUUGGUCUACUUGAUGCUGCCUCUCGACAGCCACACGCGACUGGCCGUCCGCCGACUGCUCCACACCCCGCUGCAGCGCACCUUUUCACGCCAACAGUUGCUAGCGACACCACCGCCGUACCCCGUCGACUUGGCGACGGACGUUGUGCUCGUCAUCAAGACGGGAUACGGGACGCGGGGCAGGCUACCGGGGACAUUGGCAUUUCUCGACGGCGGGAACAGCACGAACCCUGUCCCUGAGGGGCCUCUUUUCAGCAACAUAUUGCUGGUUGGUGAUUUUGUGACGCAGCAAGGGCAGCACUACCGCUGCAACGGGGCGGAGCUGCCGAUGAACGAUGUGGUGGGCAUGACGAUCUCGCUUGCCGGGCCGCAGCCCAAGGAAAGGGAGCCCGCCCCAAAGGUCGGCUUCUACCACGAUCUGCAGAAUGCCAUCCUCGCAGCAGACGAAGAAGCGGCCAUGGCCUUGUCCAAAAAAUUCGGCUGGGAACUCGAUGCCUUGAAGUUCAUCUCCAGCCUUGAGCUCGCCUACCGCCGCUUCCCUGACAAGAAGUGGUACGUCCUCGCCGACGACGACACGUACCUCGUGCGGCCGGCGCUGCGCCAGUUCCUCGGCCAGUUCCACCCCGCCUGCGAGCACUACCUCGGAAAUGGCGUCGGCGGCUGGGAGGGCCGCUUCGCCCACGGCGGGUCGUCCAUUUUUCUGUCCCACGGCGCCCUGCGCCGCCUCUUUGAUGGCCACCCCGAAAUCGUCACGGCCGCGCACACGACGGCACUCACCACCGGCAUGGGUGACUCCCUGCUGUCCAACACGCUCAUGAAGGUCGGGCUCUACGUGGCGGAGGAGCACAACGUCCUGUUCAACGGCGAGACGCCCGAGACCGCCAAGAUCCGGCCGGACCGCUUCUGCCUGCCGGUCCUGUCCUUCCACGGCCUGCGGGCGCCGGACCAAACCCUGGCCGUCGACCGCGUCCUCCAGACCAACUGGACCGCGCCGACGCCCCCGCUGUGGCGUGAUAUCUGGAGACUGUAUGGCGGCCCAUCGCUCGAAUCGCUUGAAGCGACACCCCACCGCGUUGACUGGGACCAUGUGGGCUCGCUGGACGAGCACACCACGACGGUACGGGAUGUCAAGCGGGCCAGUGACUGUCAGAUGCUGUGCGAAGCCCGUCGCGACCAGUGCAUGGCAUGGCGGUGGCAGCAGGAGAUCGGUGAGUGCCACCAGAGCCCGUGGGUGAUUGUGGGCGGCAAGGCGGAGGGAAAGACGUCGGGACUGAACCUGCGGCUCGUACGAAAACUGGACGAGUCCUGCAAUAUUUGA